AUGGUUAAGGCAAGGAAAUUAGCAGUUGUUGGUUCAAGAUCCGUUGGUAAAUCUUCAAUGAUAGUCAGAUUUGUUGAAGAUUACUUCGUUGAAUCAUAUUAUCCAACUAUUGAGAACCAGUUCAGUAAGAAUUUGAUCUAUAAGAACCAAGAAUACGAAAUCGAAAUCUUAGAUACCGCUGGUCAAGAUGAAUUUUCAAUGAUAAAUGAGAAGCAUUUAAUUGGGAUUCAUGGUUAUGUUUUGGUUUAUAGUGUUACAUCUAGACAAAGUUUUGAAGUUGUUGAAAUCAUCAGAGAUAAAAUCUUAAAUAGUGUAGGUUCAGAGAAUAUUCCAAUGAUUUUAAUCGGUAAUAAAUCGGAUUUAAAUUAUCAAAGACAAGUUGAGUAUAGUCAAGGUGAAGAAUUAGCCAAGAAAUUCAAUUGUAAGUUCUUAGAAGCUUCAGUUAAGGAUAAUUUGAAUAUAACCAAAUCAUUUGAAAUGUUGAUUGAUAAAAUUGAAUUGAUACAAAACCCUGUAGCUGAAAAGGAUGAAAAAUGUAUUAUAAUGUAG